CGCUCCAGCGCCCCGGCCCUGCCGCCCGCGCCGGGGCGGUCGCCCGCAGAGGAAGGCGCCGCAGUCUCCGGGCCUCGCCGCCCCGCUCGAGUGUCCUCGGCACCGAGGGCUCGCGGGUCCUGAGGGGAGGAGGCGAGCCAGGGGCCGGGCACUGAGCUCUUUGGCGCCCCCACCCCCCGUUUUCGGAGCCCUCCACGCUGCGGCCACUGUCCCCUCCGGACCAUGGCCGACGACGACGUGCUGUUCGAGGAUGUGUACGAGCUGUGCGAGGUGAUCGGCAAGGGUCCCUUCAGUGUUGUACGACGAUGCAUCAACAGAGAAACUGGGCAACAAUUUGCUGUAAAAAUUGUUGAUGUAGCCAAGUUCACAUCAAGUCCAGGGUUAAGUACAGAAGGUAAGAGAUGGAUUUCAAAUCUAAAGCGGGAAGCCAGUAUCUGUCAUAUGCUGAAACAUCCCCACAUUGUAGAGUUAUUGGAGACAUAUAGCUCAGAUGGAAUGCUUUACAUGGUUUUUGAAUUUAUGGAUGGAGCGGAUCUGUGUUUUGAAAUCGUAAAACGAGCUGACGCUGGUUUUGUAUACAGUGAAGCUGUGGCCAGUCAUUACAUGAGACAGAUACUGGAAGCUCUACGCUAUUGUCAUGAUAACAACAUAAUUCACAGGGAUGUCAAGCCCCACUGUGUUCUCCUUGCCUCAAAGGAAAACUCGGCACCUGUUAAACUUGGGGGCUUUGGGGUAGCUAUUCAAUUAGGGGAGUCUGGACUUGUAGCUGGAGGACGAGUUGGAACACCUCAUUUUAUGGCCCCAGAAGUUGUCAAAAGAGAGCCUUAUGGAAAACCUGUAGAUGUCUGGGGUUGUGGCGUGAUCCUUUUUAUCCUGCUAAGCGGUUGUUUGCCUUUUUAUGGAACCAAGGAAAGAUUGUUUGAAGGCAUUAUUAAAGGAAAAUAUAAGAUGAAUCCAAGGCAGUGGAGCCAUAUCUCUGAAAGUGCCAAAGACCUAGUACGCCGCAUGCUGAUGCUGGAUCCUGCUGAAAGGAUCACUGUUUAUGAAGCACUGAAUCACCCAUGGCUUAAGGAGCGGGAUCGUUAUGCCUACAAGAUUCAUCUUCCAGAAACAGUAGAACAACUGAGGAAAUUUAAUGCAAGGAGGAAACUAAAGGGUGCAGUACUAGCAGCUGUGUCAAGUCACAAAUUCAACUCAUUCUAUGGGGAUCCCCCUGAAGAGUUGCCAGAUUUCUCCGAAGACCCUACCUCCUCAGGAGCAGUCUCACAGGUGCUGGACAGCCUGGAAGAAAUUCAUGCACUUACAGACUGCAGUGAAAAGGACUUAGAUUUCCUACACAGUGUUUUCCAGGAUCAGCAUCUUCACACACUACUAGAUCUAUAUGACAAAAUUAACACAAAAUCUUCACCGCAAAUCAGGAAUCCUCCGAGUGAUGCAGUACAGAGAGCCAAAGAGGUAUUGGAAGAAAUUUCAUGUUACCCUGAGAAUAACGAUGCAAAGGAACUAAAGCGUAUUUUAACACAACCUCAUUUCAUGGCCUUACUUCAGACUCACGAUGUAGUGGCACAUGAAGUUUACAGUGAUGAAGCAUUGAGGGUUACACCUCCUCCCACUUCUCCCUAUUUAAAUGGUGAUUCUCCAGAAAGCGCAAAUGGAGACAUGGAUAUGGAGAACGUGACCAGAGUUCGCCUGGUCCAGUUCCAAAAGAACACAGAUGAACCAAUGGGAAUCACUUUAAAAAUGAAUGAGCUAAAUCACUGUAUUGUUGCAAGAAUCAUGCAUGGGGGCAUGAUUCAUAGGCAAGGUACACUUCAUGUCGGAGAUGAAAUUCGAGAAAUCAAUGGCAUCAGUGUGGCUAACCAAACAGUGGAACAGCUGCAAAAAAUGCUUCGGGAAAUGCGGGGGAGUAUCACCUUCAAGAUCGUGCCAAGUUACCGCACUCAGUCGUCAUCCUGUGAGAGAGAUUCCCCCUCCACUUCCAGACAGUCCCCAGCUAAUGGUCAUAGCAGCACUAACAAUUCUGUUUCGGACUUGCCAUCAACUACCCAACCAAAAGGACGACAGAUCUAUGUAAGAGCACAAUUUGAAUAUGAUCCAGCCAAGGAUGACCUCAUCCCCUGCAAAGAAGCUGGCAUUCGAUUCAGAGUUGGUGACAUUAUCCAGAUUAUCAGUAAGGAUGAUCACAAUUGGUGGCAGGGUAAACUGGAAAACUCCAAAAAUGGAACUGCGGGUCUCAUUCCUUCUCCAGAACUUCAGGAAUGGCGAGUCGCUUGCAUUGCCAUGGAGAAGACCAAACAGGAGCAGCAAGCCAGCUGUACUUGGUUUGGCAAGAAAAAGAAGCAGUACAAAGAUAAAUAUUUGGCAAAGCACAAUGCAGUGUUUGAUCAAUUAGAUCUUGUUACAUAUGAAGAAGUAGUAAAACUGACAGCAUUCAAAAGGAAAACACUAGUCUUAUUAGGUGCACAUGGUGUUGGGAGAAGACAUAUAAAAAACACCCUCAUCACAAAGCACCCAGACCGGUUUGCGUACCCUAUUCCACACACCACCAGACCUCCAAAGAAAGAUGAAGAAAAUGGAAAGAAUUAUUACUUUGUAUCUCAUGACCAAAUGAUGCAAGACAUCUCUAAUAAUGAGUACCUGGAGUAUGGCAGCCACGAGGAUGCAAUGUACGGGACAAAACUGGAGACCAUCCGGAAGAUCCAUGAGCAAGGGCUGAUCGCAAUACUGGACGUGGAGCCUCAGGCACUGAAGGUCCUGAGAACUGCAGAGUUUGCUCCUUUUGUUGUUUUUAUUGCCGCACCAACUAUCACUCCAGGUUUGAAUGAGGAUGAAUCUCUUCAGCGUCUGCAGAAGGAGUCUGACAUCUUACAGAGAACAUAUGCACACUACUUCGAUCUCACAAUUAUCAACAAUGAAAUCGAUGAGACAAUCAGACAUCUGGAGGAAGCCGUGGAGCUCGUGUGCACAGCCCCGCAGUGGGUCCCGGUCUCCUGGGUCUAUUAGGCCUCUCCCCAGAUAUCUGCCGCAUAGCUGGGAGCCACGUCAUACAUGGAAAAGCCUCUGUUAUCGGCCUUGUGUCAGCAGGUCGUGGUCCCUAGAGACUACCUAGUUGUAGUGUGACCUACAUUUAUAAUUAUUGUCAUGUCUGAAUAGAUAGGAGGAGAAAAACAAUUACACACUAAUUUAAAGAGACAGUAUCUUUUUUAAUCAGUUCUCCUAAACUUUAAUAAAAUGUAUCUUUAAAUGUAUGUAUUAUUCAAUCCUUUGGAAUGUUAUAUUUUUGGAAAUCAUAGCUUUUUAUUUCCAAGGCCCCUAAAAACUGCACAAAAUAGAUGCUGCUUUCUAUAAUCUAUUUUAAUAAUAAUAAACAAUGAUUCUGUUACCUUGACUGGGGUUGGAACACUACAUUCUUUUUAGAGUCUGAUUUUAUGGAUUGGAAUAUCUUUCUUUCCUUUAUUUAUUUUGAAAUAAUCAGUCUAGUGAUUACAAAACUCAUAAAUUUUUAAAGGCCUUUCUUUUCCUCUUUUGUUUUAGAACUUGUUUUAAGUCCUUCAUGUAACAUCCAGAUAAUGUGAUACUGUCUCUUUGAAGCACCCUGUAAACCUUUUAGAGAUUUGAAGUUGGGUCUUGACUCUUAAUGCAUGUGGACAGUCGCGAGCGUUUAUGCUGUCGGUGUGUCUGUGUUGGACAAAACAAUCUGUAAUCUACAGCAAAGUACAUUCCGUUCACGGGGCACACCCAGGGGAAUAAGAAUAAAAUGCUAUUAUGACUAAGUUGUAAACCUAUGCACAUCCCUUGCAUUUCGGGCAACUUUAUAAAAAACAAACAAAAACUGA